AUGCAUGUCCCAGAUGUUGUGUUUCAUUUAGCAUCAUAUGGAAUGUCUGGACAAGAAAUGGUAAACGAAAAAAUAGAGGAAGUUAACAUUAAAGGCACUAAAAAAUCUGCCAUCACAUAUGGGGUUAGAUAUCUAGUAUACACCAGUACUUAUAAUGUAGUGUUUGGUGGUCAAAUCAUCAGAAAUGGCGAUGAGUCAUUGCCAUACUUUCCAUUGGAUCAGCAUGUAGACUAUUAUAGCUGGUCUAAAUCAAUUGCUGAACAAGCUGUGUUAACAGCUAACAACUCCAUAUUACCAAGAGGAAGAAACCUUAAAGUGUGUGCCUUGAGAUGUGCUGGCAUAUAUGGUGAAGGAGAGCGGAGACACUUACCUAGAAUUGUAAGAUACAUUGAGAAAGGACUUUUUUGUUUUACUUAUGGUAGUAAAGAUGCCAAAGUAGAUUUUCUGCAUGUUGAUAACUUUACACAAGCUCACAUCAAAGCAGCCACAGCACUUUCUCUACCCAAUUCCACUGUGCCAGGCUGUGUUUAUUUUAUAUCUGACAAUAAUCCUGUCAACAAUUUUGAAUUCUUUCGCCCAUUGAUUGAGGGAUUGGGAUAUUCAUAUCCCACUAUGAAAUUGCCAUUUUAUUUAAUAUACUCUGUAGCUUAUAUGAUAGAAAUUAUUCAUAGACUAAUUGGUAGAUAUUAUAAUUUCCAACCACUUCUGACGAGAGCAGAGGUAUUGAAAACUGGUGUCACUCAUUAUUUCAGUAUUGAGAAGGCUACAACAGACUUAGGAUAUUUACCAAUAAAAAAGAAUCUAGAGGUUGUUAAAUUUUUUCUGGAUCAAGGACAUGGUCGUAAACAGAGUAAAAUUGCUCAGUACUAA